AUGAAUUUGACCGACCAGUUCGUCACUCUUCAUGAAAAACUUCAAAGCGAGCUGAAUCUGGCGAAUUUGUGUGUUUCUAAAGCGAAGACAACACAUGGAAUCAGUCUGUUCAGUGUGAAUUCGGUGGAUACUCAUGAUUUAGAGCCGUCAGUGAGAAUCGAAGUAGUUGAUGGAAAGUUUGAAGUUGUGAAGGAGCCAGAAGAGGAAGAAACGAUGAAGAAAGAAGAAAAUGAGGAGUCCUCUAAAAAAAAGAACAGCGGAGAAUCAGAAGACGUUGAAGACGAGAAGAAGUCACCGUUCGCGGGGCAGUUCCGGCCGUUCGGAGUACUUGAACCGUCAGCAGCCAAAGAUGCACGAAAAAUGUAUAAAAAUGUCAUUCAGGUAUUCAAUUUCUUUUUAAAUAUUUUCGAACGAUUUACAAUCGUUGAUUUGGUCUCCACUCAACAAUCGAUCAUCUCCAAGUCUCGUGAACUCACUGCUGCUGAUAACUGA